AUGAUGUAUUCUUCUCGGAGAAAACCUGUGUUGUAUUUCAAAGAGGAGAAACGUUUGAACAGGAAUGAAAUGUCAAAAAUGGAUAAGACGUUCCCGUGGCUGUGGCGCUGCUCUCGCUGUAGUGUCUUCCAGCUCUUCGUCCUGUGCGUGGUCCUGGUGCUGGCCUCUCUGCUCUGGCUGCAGCUCACCUGCUCAGGAGACAUGUCCUCUGCCCAGCAGAGGUCUGCAGCGCCCUGCCCUCCCGUCCAGGACCCCAGAGCCAAGCCGGAGCCAGAGCCAGAGCCGGAGCCUGGAGCCUGGGGGCCUCACACGCUGGCUCUGGUGGUGCCCUUCAGGGAGAGGUUCGAGGAGCUGCUGGUGUUUGUUCCCUUCAUGCACAGUUUCCUCAACAAGAAGAAGAUCAGGCACAAGAUCAUCGUGGUCAACCAGAUCGACCACUACAGGUUUAACCGUGCGUCGCUGAUAAACGUGGGCUACUUGGAGAGUGGCAAUGACACGGACUACCUGGCCAUGCACGACGUAGACCUGCUGCCCCUGAACCCGGCCCUGGACUAUGGCUUCCCCCUAGACGGGCCCUUCCAUGUGGCCUCUCCGGAGCUGCACCCGCUCUACCACUAUAAGACCUACGUGGGAGGCAUUCUGCUGCUCACCAAGAGGCACUACAAGAUGUGCAACGGCAUGUCCAACCGCUUCUGGGGCUGGGGCCGAGAGGAUGACGAGUUCUACAGGCGUCUGAAGAAGGCUGAGCUGCAGCUGUACCGUCCCACCGGGAUCACCACGGGCUACAAGACCUUCAUGCACAUCCAUGACCCGGCGUGGAGGAAGAGGGACCAGAAGAGAGUGGCCUCGCAGAAACAGGAGCAGUUUAAGGUGGACCCAGACGGCGGCCUAUCCAACCUCCGCUACAGCGUGGAGUCCCGGCAGGAGGUGACCAUCAGCGGGGCCCCAUGCACCAUCAUCAACACCAAGCUGGAGUGUGAGACGGAGAGCACGCCCUGGUGCCUGCUGGGAUAG